GCAUAAGGUGCUAAAAGGGAGGCUGACAGAGCAGGGCAGGUGAUACUGGAAAGCGGACACAGGAAGGAGGACCCAGAGCUGAUACAGGAAGCUAUCACAAACACAGCCUCUGAGCACACACCCACUUACAAACAUAUACACACACACACACACACACACACACACACACACCUGUUACUCCAGCAGAGUAUUCAUUCAGACCGGUACAGAGAAGGACCUUGGCCUGAGCAAAGGCACAAUUAAAACUCCAAACUCCCCGCCGGCAUCCCAGAAGUCAGUUGACUUUGACUCCAGAAAAAUGCAUUUUGGAGUGGAAAGGGAGUAAGCUGAGCCCAGAGAGAUAGAGAGGAUCAUCUGACAUCUUCUUCAGUUAACAGAUAAAUCAGAAGUUAAGGACAGACCAAGAAGCGGAAAGGAAAGGGCAUACGAGUCCAAAGAACAUUCGACAAAGGAGAGGGUAGGCUUAUAUUUCCGAAGAUGGAACAGUCUCCGCAGUUUUGGCACAUGCAGGUCGUCCCCCAGGACACUGCUGGAGAGCCAAAAAACAAGGUGUCAGUCGUGAGCCAGCCUGAGUGCUCCAUCUGCUACAACACCUACGACAAUGUCUUCAAAACCCCCAAGCUGCUGGAGUGCACCCACACCUUCUGCCUGGAGUGCCUCUCCCGCCUCAUGGCAGUCUCGGUGGCUGACCAGGACACUGACGGCGCCAGCACUCGCCUCUCUUGCCCCUUCUGCCGUCACCCCACCACGCUGCCUGAGGAGGGACCCCCGGCCCUGACAACCAGCCGCGAGGUCCUCUGCAAGCUGCCCAGCCACCAGCAGCAGGAGCAGCCAGUGUGGCUGGAGGGGGAGAAGCUGUGCUACAAAAGCCUCAAGCACAACACCGGUGCAGGGGCACGUGAUAGUCCCACGGCCUUCUGCGUCUGCAUUGACAUUGGGGCCAGCAAGACAGUGGAUGCUCCGAUCCAGGCGCAGCCCCAGACUUUUAGCCUGAUGGGCCGGCUGGCAGACUGGAAGAGGCUGGUGCUUUUCAUCAUGCUCAUGCUGCUGCUUGUUGUAGUUGUGUUGUGGCCAUUGCAGUGUAUGUUCAGCACUGGGAACAUGCGCUGUGAACGUGUGAAACAACCCGUCAACCCCACCGCCACAACAACAGCUACCACUACUUUCAGCCGGUUCCCAGGCUCCCAGGCCGGCCAGAGAUAACUUAUAGACUGGACAUCACUGUUACUGUACAUAAUCUUGUAUAAUGGCACAUUUGACAUCAACAUUUUUGUGCAUAGUUGCACUUUUGUUUAGUGUACAAUGUUAUUGCCACCCACAACUGUCAACACCUCAGGCUUUUUAGAUGUCUGACUUUUGUGCCCCUAAGUGUUUUUUUACUGGAAUUGUGUGUUAUUGUGUCAUAUGCCAUCAGACUCACUGUUAACUGCCCAGGAGUGGUGGGACAUGAACUCUGACAGGCACCUUCCCUCAAAUCAUAUUCAGUGUCACAAAACAUUCACAGAAUCCACAUGUCUUCCCUUUAAAUCAACACCUGCAGUUUGAAAUUAGAUUAGAGUUUUUGGUCUAACUGGUUUGAUGGAAUUUGUCAUAUUCUGACAAUUGGAUUUGGAUUUGUCAACAUUUAGCAUUGACGUAAAAACUUGUGUAUCUAAGCCAAACAGUGAUAUUUAAAAUGCUUAUGUUAACUAAAAGAAUACAACAAAUAGUAAAUUAUGUACUUUUGUACUACAAACUCAAACUUAAUAUAUUGUACAUUUGAUUUGUAUGUUUUGAUAUGUCUUUGUUUACAGAACUACAAUAAAAAGUGAGGUAAGAUAA